GUAAACAAAAUGGCGGCAGUGAAAUCUGAAGGAAAAGGCCCCCCGAGUUCUUCGGGAAUUGUCCGGGUCGGCCACUAUGAAAUCGAGAGAACGAUCGGGAAAGGAAACUUUGCAGUUGUCAAGCUUGCUACCCACAUGCUCACCAAAACCAAAGUGGCCAUAAAAAUAAUAGACAAAACGCAACUAGACCAGGAGAAUUUGGAGAAGAUAUUCAGGGAAAUACAAAUAAUGAAACUGCUACGACAUCCACAUAUUAUCAGGCUCUAUCAGGUGAUGGAAAGUGGUCGGAUGUUAUACCUAGUCACAGAGUAUGCAAGUGGGGGUGAAAUAUUUGAUCACCUGGUAGCCCAUGGCCGCAUGAAUGAGAGGGAGGCGCGACGCAAGUUUAAGCAGAUAGUGGCAGCUGUAUCAUAUUGUCACAGUCGACAUGUUGUCCACAGAGACUUAAAGGCGGAGAACCUUCUGUUAGAUGCCGCACUUAACAUCAAAAUUGCAGAUUUUGGGUUCAGCAAUAUAUUUGACGAGGACACGAAGCUAAAAACCUGGUGUGGGAGUCCCCCGUAUGCAGCCCCAGAGUUGUUUGAGGGCAGGGAAUAUGAUGCCCCCGGGGUUGAUAUCUGGAGUUUGGGAGUGGUAUUAUAUGUAUUGGUUUGCGGGGCGUUACCGUUCGACGGUAGCUCUUUGCAAAGUUUACGAAAUCGGGUGGUUAACGGCAAGUUUAGGGUACCUUUCUUUAUGUCGACAGCUUGUGAAGACCUUAUUCGUCAAAUGUUGACCGUGGAUUGUGGGAAACGUGCAACGAUGGAGCAGAUUAUCGCUCACCCGUGGAUGCAGGUUGGCGAUGAUGACCCAGAGUUCUUUCAGCUUAUACGGGACUAUAACAUGCAAGUGCUCACUGACCCAGACACAGAAAAUCUGUGUGAACAGGUGCUUGAUCAAAUGGAGACCAUGCUUCCCAAUGUAGAUAGAAAUAAAAUUAUCGAGUCCGUUCAGAUUCCUGCCUAUGACGGUCUCAGUGGAAUCUACCACCUGCUGCUGGACAAGAUACGGAAACAUCCCUCAAAAUCACUCCUCAACAAAAUACACCCUGAUCUCAUUGCUGCUUCACAAAAUCUUCCCAAUGCCACACGCAUGGAACGACGCUCCAGUAUAACAACAGGAGUUGUUGAGCGUGUGGAGGUGCCCGUUGAGGAGGUCAGACGUAGCCCGUCCCCACCCCCUCUCCACCCCACCCAUCUACCUGCGCACCUACCCUCAUACUUCACAGACAGCAGCAUGCUCACUGCAGACAGAGAAGACACAAAUCUAUCAGACAGCGACGAAGAGCCAUCUCCAGAGGCCCUGGCGCGAUACCUUGCGAUGCGACGUCACACGGUGGGUGUGGGUGACAGUCGACAUGAGGCCCCGGAAGAUGUCCGAGUAAAACUAGCCCAGCACCAGCCGAUCAUUGCCAUGCCACAGCCUGCAUUUUUCUCCCCGUACGGUUUCAACCCCCUCCUGCUGAACGCAAACUUGCCAGCGGGGGUUAAACAGCCGUGGACCGCGCCCACUCAGCAUUGCCCUGCUGACCAGUAUCUGCUGCAGUUACCGCCUAUGGUCGGACCAGAUGGCAGUGUAAACUUGAUCAGACGGGCGUCAGAUGGAGGGGCAAAUAUCCAUGGGUACCUGCGGGCCACAUUGCCGGGCUCAAGUGGAGAGGGAAGCAGGGAGACUGUCUCUAGCCCCCUGUCCCCUCUGGCUUUGGCCCUGCCUAAAGAUGAAAAGGAUGAUAGUCAUUCAGACCAGGAGCCGGAUCAGGAGGCUGUACAGAAGUAUUUGUCUAGUCGAGGUUGUGGUAAGAGACAUACGCUGGCCGUGUCCAACUCCAUCGAGGUUCAUGACGAACUGCGACUCAACCAUAUACAGACUCCUAUCCGAGCCACCAGACGGUCUUCAGAUCGGGGAAUAUCACCCUACUCAUACAAAGAAGACAAUAUGCUCCAUCUUUCGAAUGAGCGGUUUUCCCCAGUACGACGAGCGAGUGAAGGCCUGGCUGGCGUCAGCAAGCAUCAACUCUCACACCUUGAGCGUCUGUAUAACCAGACAUUAACGUCACAACAGGCUGGUCGACACUCAUCGUCACAUAGCUUACGUCAGCUACAACAUGAAUGCCACGAACUUCAGACACCAACAGUUUCAGGAAAGAUACGCAAAAAACAAGUAAGUGGGGGGAGUCUGGAUCACCACACAUUACAUCGGCUUGGGCAGAACCGUCCUGUGAGCAUGUCAGCAACGAGGAUCCCCUCGCCCCCAGUUUCUCCGUUCGGGGCGCCCGUCUCCCCGUUUGGGGCGGCAGUAUCCCCGUUUGGGGCACCCGGGUCCCCAGUGUUCCAACAGCGGAGCCCCGCAAGCCCAGACGGAGGGAGCGGGCAACUCUACCAACAUCUACAGCGACUUCAGCUUACGCAGCAGAUUCGACGAGCGGGCUCCCCGACAUUCCGCCGAAGUAGCCCUCCAAAUCUCGCCCAGUUAUCGUCCUCGGAGAACACGCCUCAGUCAUUUCCUAACAUUCUGCAAAAUAUGGGUCAAGGUCAUCAGCGAUCGAGCCCGCCACCCAACUUCCAGAAUCUUCAGAUGAUCAAAGAGGACUCUCUCGACCUCGAUAAAAGUUCACAAUCGGACAGCGAGGAAGAAAUGGUUGUGCAGGAUAUUGGUGAUAAUAAACUCCCCGCCAAUGCAACUCAGCAGCCGGCGUUUGGGAAAAAGCCGCAGAUUAGCAUCACAGACACUCAAGGUCAUGUGACUGCUGUGACCUCUGACGGUGACUCUGAGUCAGAGAAGGGGGAUAACUCUAACAGUGCAAUGGUUUCUCCGAGUUCCCCCAUCUCAUUGCCACUGAGCAGUAGUGUAGCUUUCAAUUAUAAUUUUGCUCCUCAAUACGGUACGUAUAUGCAUUCAAAUAUUGCAAACAUUCCAACGGAAACAAAAGUUACCGUCUGUCCACAAAGUUAUUAUCAAACUUCAAAUAAGAACUGGUACAACCCAGAAGAAGCUUAUUUGCAAAAACUACAUGGUUUACAUGACUCUACUGAUAAUAGGUCAUUAACCAAUUAUAACGCUCAAUCUGCUAUCUCAUCUUCACCAGGAAGUUGGGAGAUUAGCAAUGAAGGCAUUGUGGGAUUGUAUCGAGCAAGUAGCCAAUCAGAUGACAGCAGUGGCCAUUCUCAAUCUCUUGGUGUUGGUGGGGGUUAUGAAUUGACGAAAGUUGGAUCUUAUGUGAAUGUUUCUUCAAAAAGAUCAGUGGAAGAUAUUCUUAAUGAGAUUCGUAAAAUUCUCGAACAGAGCGGGCCUCAAAUAGCGUACAAGUGCUCAGACAAUUGUUUUCGGUUAGCAAACUCAGACGUUGCAAUGGAGGUUGAGGUUUGUGAAGGAGUGGACGCAAGUCGCCUUCAAGUGCGGCGAAUAUCUGGAGAUAAAGGCACUUAUCAACAGAUGUGUCAAGAACUCUUGGCUGGCAUUAAUAUAUGAGGCUUUAAGCUUGGUCAAAAUGGAAAACAAAGUUAUUUUGAUGAGAUUUGGUCAUUGGUACAAUAUAAUGCUGUGAGUGCUAUGAUAGAUGAAGCUAACUUUCCACGGCACAACGCUGAACUGAGUUAAAUGAUUUAAUUAAUAUUGACCACAUUUAUUUUCAUAGGAUUUAUUUCUUGCCAUCAAUCAAAAGAGGAUAACUUCUGAUGAUUUGUGGUCAAUGAUUUUAGCAGCUUGUGUUUCAGCUAAAGAAGUUAAACUCGAAUAAAUAUUGAGUGGUGCUACAGAUUUUGAAUCUCCUGUGCUUGAUCAUUUUAGUCGAAAAAAAUAAUUGAAAAAUAUGAAUAUGAGAAUGCUGGUUUGAUGUUUAACAGGCGUUGGUACAGUUUGGCAUUUGUCAUUUUGGAUUUUGAAAUAGCCAUUAUGUGAAUAAUUAGUUUUAUUGACAAAGAUUUAAAAUCUCAGUGUGUAUGCUACCAAUACCUGUUGUCUGCCACCAGUGUUAUGCGCAGUUAUAUGGCUUUUUUGCAAUUCUUUCCAUAUUUUGUCAAGGUUCUGAUAUCGAUAUCUAACUUUUUACCUUUCAUCUGCCUCAUGUACAAAUUUGCUAUCAUUUUGAUAAAGUGCUACAGAUUUUGACUGUCUUGAGAAUCGCUUUUUUGUAACGAAAUUUUAGAAGGAUAUUUUUAAUCUUUCCAUUCAGGUAUCGGAUACAUAAAUGUGUGAACUUGGUAUGCAUGGUGACCCCAUAUUAUGUCUGUAUCAUUUGAAAUAUUUUUUGGGGUAAAUAAAGAAUAAGUAUAGGGUUUUAGCCAGGUUUUUAAAUGGACAGGGUGCUGCAGAAAAGGUACAGGGUGCUGCAGAAAAGGUACAGGGUGCUGAGGGACAAAAGGACUCGCAUUCGGAACUCUGUGGCCAUUUUUAUCAAAAACAACCACUGAUGUAUGCCACCCUUAAGUAAAACUUUUAUCAAAUGUCAUGUUUCAACUCAAAAAAUUGCUAUAAAGGUAAUUCUCAUGUAUAAUGUAGAUUUGAACAUGUAUUAAUCAUAUUUGUUAUCAGCAAGCAAAAGUAAAAUGAAACGGAUGUUAUAUGGGGUCACAAGGAAUCAAAAUUUAAUAUUACCAUUAAAGAAGCGAUCAGCUUAUUUGUGGGUUGGAUUUCUCAAUUUAUUUUCAAGGAACACAUACAUCAUGCAAGCAUAUAAGGCAGUGACUGGCAGCUUAUUUGCCUUCAGUAAAUUGUUUUAAAAAGUUGAAAACAAGGCUGAGAAGCAACAAACGAGCAUUGCUGAUUCUAAAAUUGUGUUGGAUAUGACAUCUGCUAAAGCCUGGGUCUGUUACCUGUACAUGUUGAAUGGCAUUUCACAACUGUGGAGUAUUGAAUUUGGCUUGAAUUUUAAAUUGAUUAUAAUUUGUUUUAUUUAUCAUUGUUAAUUGUCAAAAAUGAUAUUUUAUUAGAAAUAUUUAUAUCUAUAAUUUUUUAUAUUUUGCUGAAGUUUGAAUUGCAGUUAAGUUUUUUUUUUAUCGUCAAGUUUUGUUUUAAGUAUUUGUCACCUGGCAAAUUUGUAUUUAUUGUUGUGCAAAUUAGUUUUGUUGGUUUCUAGUUGUUUGUGAAUUUCUGUCUCAGUUUAUACCAUUGUUCAAAAAUUGAAUGCUUGCAGGUUCAAAUGAAGCGAUUUAAUCAAGGUGGAUUUUUUUUAACGCGUGCAAUUCUACUUUUAAAUAUAAGAAUGUAUGACUCAUAAGGAUGAAUUUUUUUUGCAGCUUUAAGAACUAAUAGCCAUAAUAGGGAAACUUCAUUCUUCUUUCAAAAACAAUUAUCUGAUUGUUCAGAACUUAGCUAAAGUUAACAACGUGUUUAACGACAUUGUUGUUAACUUUUAAACACAAACUAUUUCAUGAUUUGUUGAUAUAUUUGAACAAAACAAAUUUAGCUGAAACAGUUAAGAGUACUGCAGAUAAGAGUACUGCAGAUAAGAGUACUGCAGAUAACAGAUAAGAGUACUGCAGAUAAGAGUACUGCAGAUAAGAGUACUGCAGAUAAGAGUACUGCAGAUAACAGAUAAGAGUACUGCAGAUAAGAGUACUGCAGAUAAGAGUACUGCAGAUAAGAGUACUGCAGAUAACAGAUAAGAGUACUGCAGAUAAGAGUUCUGCAGAUAAGAGUACUGUAGAUAAGAGUACUGUAAAUCACAGGUGUAUCCAUUUAAUUUCCAGAGCAGUAAAGAUUUGAAAGUUAACAAAGAUGUUGUUAAUCACGAUGUUAACUGUUACAAAGUUGUGAACAGUCGAGUCAAUUCUGUAUCAUAUGGCUCGAAUAUCGUCCCUUUACACGCAAGCAAUAAUAUUACAUGUAUUAAAAUAAAAAAAUUCAUGUUACUAAACGACUGAAUUAUUAUGAACUAACAUAUGUUAGAAUUCAUUAUACAUGUCCAUUCCACUUGGGUUUUGUGGUUUUAAGACAUGUGUUAGUUUGGUAUGUUCAGGAUCCAUUUUCUAUGAAUCUCAUUUAUAUGUUAGCCAUAAUGAAAUGACCAAAGUAAAUAUGAAUAUGUCCUGAAAUUAUGGAUCUGAUCUCCUGGAAAAACUGGCCCCAAUUUCUCAAUAGUAAUCUUAAGCCUAACACACUUACGUAUCUUAUUUUAAUUAGCAAGUUUUCUGACUUAAAACCAAACUAGAUUUUUUUAUUGUAAUUAAGGAAAAAAUCUCUUAAUCAAGAGCAAUGCUGCGCGACUAUUCAUACUUGAACAAAAAAUAAUGUACAGAGCUUAGAGGGAUAAGACACCAGGUGGUCCCAAAAUCAGCAAAUACAAUAUUUCCUCACAACAAGCUUAGAAUUGUCAAUUUGAGCAAGUAUGAUGCCAAUAAUACAUCAUUUCACAUAAUUAUAAGAAUGUUUUGUUGCUGUCUUAGCUGAGUUUACCUGUUUAAAAAUAGGGCAUAAUCGUUUACCAGUUUUUGGUGUGUAUAUUUAGCAUGUGAAAGUCACGUGAUUUAUGUGGUAGACUGACCCAGUAAACUUUGAAUUGGAAACAUACGCAAAAACUACACGAAAGAUACUUGUGUCGUUCGCGAUGUGAUACAUCAGUAAGUAAGAUUCAAUGUGUUAUACACAACUAUAUCAAUUUUAUGCAAGUUUUUGAUUAUUUUCUUUUUUCUUGCAAUGAUAUCAUCUGGUGUCAAGUCCCUUUAAUCCUGUAAUUAGGGUCGUAAGAUUGUUUGAGAAAUUUGGGCCUUGUUUUCUGUAUGUUAGUAGAUCUGCCUUUGAACAGAUAUUUGAUACAAAAGAAAGUCAACACUUUGAUUUUCAUAUAUUAAUGUAUUUCCUCGAUAGCAAAUCAUCAUUUUGAAUUUUUGCUUUUAAAACAAAGCAUGUUAGGUAUCAAAAUUUGUAUAAAAUGUUUUGCCUUAAUGUCAUGAACAUUUGUUAUCUUAAAAUAAGUGCCAUUUUACUCAAGAUUUUACCAGAAUUUAAAACUUCCUGGAACUAAGUGAUGUCAUUCACUUUUCUCUUUUAACCAUGUAUAUCGCAUAUGUAAUGGAAUGAAAAAUCAAAUUGAACUUAUUGCUUAUUUUUUUUUAUAGAAAAUACUUAGCUUUUUUAGAAUUUUGAACUUUAGUUAAGAAUGCUUAAUAACUUUUCUUGGUUUUGUUUGCAAAACAUUUAACUUGAUCAAAAUUUAUACUAUGCAUGAAUUAUUAAGUUUGAAGUAGUCGUUUGGAUAAUGUUUUAAAGAUUAUUCUGGUUAAAAACAGGUGAGAUCUGAUGACUUGGUUUAUGUAAAAGAUGUAGUGGGGGAAAAAAAUUGUCUUUGAAUAAACCUGGUAUUAAUUUUUUUUUGAAACUAUAAAACAGCCUGAAUUUGAUAGCUAUAUGAUAAUUGGUGUUUACUUUGCUUCACUAAAUUGUUAAUUCAGCAUUAAUCUGUCAAAGCAUGGCUGCCAACUUAAUUGUUUUGUGAAGAAGCAACAAUUUUCUAUUUGUUACCAUUGCCCUUGUGCUAUCUUCUAAAUACCCUGGUAAUCUACUAGCUAAACUAAUUUAAUAUAAUUUUCAUUUAAUGAAAAAGUGUUGGUUUAUUUUCUUAGAAACAAUAAAUGCUUUUGUACAUAUUUUAAAUAAAUUAUGUGGUUGUUCACAAAUGUCUAAAUAUUUCAGUUUGCAGCUUCCUUGAUUUUAUGGCCUCAUACAUUUUGAAUCAUGUUUCAGGCCCCUACAGCUUUAAAACACAUUUUUGCAUAACAUUUUGUCAGUAGUCAAUAGUCAGCUUGUAUAAUUACAUACUUUACAAUCAACUUUCACUAGUCACAUGUUAAGUAGUUACUUUUUAAAUUAUUUAACUAUAAUCAAUGUUAAGUCUGUCUGUUUUGCUUGUUUUCGACUGAAAAGGACUUUGGAAUGCACACUUAUUGCUGGCACUAUUAGGGCAUUUUGUUAUCAACUGGAAGUUCUCUGUAAUGCACACUUAUUUCUGACAUCAUUAGGGCAUUUUGCAAUAGAGUCACUAGAGGAUAUUUCAUAGUUAAUACUGCAUUUGAAUUUUGGUGCUUAUUUGCUGUCUGAAAUUGUCGAUGGUUAAGUUUGGUCGUUUACGAUUUGGUAACAAUGACAAACCUCUGUUGAGUUUAAAUUAUGGACUGGGGAUGGGGGUCACCUUAUCAAAGAGGGUACAACUAAAUAAUGCAAGAUUAUAAAAAAAUGGUUAUAUUCUACCAUAAAUUGAAAAUUCAGAAAUUGAAUUAAGAUUUUUACCUUAUUCCGAUAAACCUUGUUUAACAUUUUCAGUCUCACUAUUUGUUUCAAAAUAUAUCUCACAAGGACUAAAAAUAAACCAUUCUUAAAAUCAAAUGGUUGAUCUAAUGGUUGAUCUGAACAGCUCUUCUCAUGUGGAGGAGUGAAAGUUGUACAGAGGUGUUCGAAAUAUGAACUAUGAUUUGACCAAGGAUUUUAGCUUGUCAAGCAACAUUUGAUAUUUUGAACACUUUCUCUCCUUCAUUUUAUAAGAGUCUACCCAUUGAACCAGUACGUCACUCUCCAGUGCAGUUGUCUCCUUUGAUGGACAGAGACAAUCUCGGCCACCAUAUAUGGAAAAAGCUGAAUUUCAUCUAUAGAUUUCAAUUAGAAAUUUAUAACCAUAUUGUUUUGUUUAAAACUUUGAGAUUUGAUGUUUAAUAUCUUAAACUAGAUGUAGAAAUAUAUUUGAAAUAAAAACAUUUCAAGAUUUUAAACAAGGUCAUGUGACUCUUAUAAUCAUCACAUGAUAUGCGUGAUAACUGUAUAGCAAAGGGAAAUAACUGCUGCAUGGAGGUUGCCAGUACAUUGUUAUACUCGUCUGCAUUAGAGCAUAAAUCAAUGUUACUAUAGUGAUUGAUCAAACUUGACCAAUUUGUUGCAUUUUUUUUCAAUAUAGGCAAACAUAACUCACAGAUUGUAAACAUCUUCUUUGAGAAAAAAGAAAUUAUUGUGAUAUUCAUUUUUUUCCUGAUACAACUAAUUUUAACUGAUAUAAUUUUUACGUCUUAUAAAUCUGUUUUUUAGUUCACAGAAUUUUCAUGUUGAAUAUAUACUGUAUCUAGUUAACAGUUUUCCGGCCCUUUUUAAUGGCCAUUUCUCUGGGUAGUGAAUGAACAAUUUUGCUGUAUCUCAUUUAUCCAAAACUAAUAUUUCUUAAGGGAUUUCUUAACUUGAUACCAGUGUGUUGUCAAAAUUCAUCAAAUUCAUAAAUUGUGAUAGAUACAAAUUGUGAGUUUUCAUAGUUUUUUUAAUUAAAAUUUGUUGAAAUAGUCUUAACUGUAUCAGAGUUAUAAGACAACAUGGCUUUAUUUAGUAGACAUUUUUGUAACAAUAAGUUUUUUUUAUAAAUUUCUAUAAUACAAAUUGCAUUUUAAAAAGGCAUUAAAAUGAAUAUACCGGUAGAUGCAUAUAAUUUAGGAUAUUCUAAGUGAGAAUUCAUAUGAGAGAUAUGUCAAGCAGAUAAAACUAGCCUGGUCUUGAGAGUUUAAAGUUGACUCGUUUGAAAAAACAACAAUAAGUUUUUGUUGUUUUUUGUAAUAUUCAUCCGCUUUAAGGGUUACUCUAUUACUCCUAGUAUGAGAUAUCAUCACAUCUUGAAGACACACAAUGGUUGUCAUGUUUUUGAUUUUUAAAUUUGCUUUGUAUAUGGAAAAACUGAAAUUGCUGAUCCAGACAGUAUUUACCCCUUGUAUGCAUUUAUUCCUAUUUAUUGACUUCGCUAUCUCAUGUAAUUAGCUUGGCUGCUGUUUUUAUCAAAGACAAAUAGUCAAGGUUAAGUAUUGUCAUAGCAUUGGUGACGUUGUUAGCAGUUGCUGCGUCUCCCAAACUUGUAACUUAAGACGUAACUCACAAAUCUUUCACUAUAAGUCUUUCACAAAAAAGACAUUCACAUGAAACCGAAUUCACAUGUUACCAUUGACAAUACGCAUAUGUGUAGCACGGUGCGUUACUCUGACUUGAAUCAUUGUUGAGUUAUAUCCCUCGACCAAGUGAGAAAAAUGGACGAGCGUUGACACCCCCUUGUGGUACUCUUGUUAUCCACUUCUGUGUUGUCGCCAUUACAGCUUGUCAUCAAAAAAAUUCUAUCAUUACAAAGUUUUGAUUUUAUUAUGUAUAAUUUUCUAUGUAUUACAAUAUUAUAUAUCAUGUGACAUGAUUAUCAUGUUACACGGAUAAUAUCAAGUGAUAUUUUAGAUAUCACUUUACAUUAAUAUCAUGCUAUAUGAAUAGCAUGGGAAUUAAAUAUCAUGUUACAUGGAUAUCAUGUUAUAUAGAUAUUUAUGUAUAUAUCAUGUUACAAAGAUUGCUUAGAAAGUAAAUAUCAUGUUACGCUGAUAUCAUGUUACACCGAGUUCAGGUUAUAUAGAUAUCAUGCAAUAUGGAUAUCACAUGGAGGAAAUAUCAUGUAACAUGGAUAUCAUUAUUUUGCUGAUAUCAUGUGAUGCCAAUGUCAUGUGACCUGUUUUACCUGUUACCAAGGUGCUCUUGAUAAUUCUAAGCCUGGUAAUGUCUUAAAAGUGUGAUAGUUGUUUUGUUUUAACAUAUUUUGACUGGCUCAAAAAAAUAAAAGUGGAAAACCA